AUGUCUUUCCCGGAUUUGUUUGCUCUUUCAACUAAGAAAUUUUGCACGGUGGCAGAGGUGUUGGUUUGGACCAACGUAACGCAUAAGUGGGAUCUCAAGGCUCUUUUUUAUCGCGACGAUGGUAUCGAUAUAGCAACAUGGGCAGCAGCGGCUGCCAUGCCUUGCUGGAACCGGUUCUGUGAUUCGGUUGGUGGGUAUACUCCCCACGAGUUCGAAAAUGACACCUUCUCUUGGUCUAUUAACGCGGAUAAGGAGUUCACCGUUGCUAGCAUCUCUUUUGUGGUCAAUAAUUCUAAAUCAGUAGUUUGGGAUUCUCUUUUGAUUAAGUGGUUGAAAGCGAUGUGGGAUCUUAAACUUCCGCCUAAGAUUAAGUUGUUCGCUUGGAGAUUUUUUAUUGACCGGCUUCCCACUAAGGAUCAAUUGUUGAAAAGAGGAGUUUCUAAUGUUUCCAAUCCGAUUUGCGAUUUUUGUGGUAACCUUUUAGAAUCUUCCUCUCAUCUUUUCUUUCUUUACCAAGAGGUGAAAGAGAUUUGGAAUCAUAUUUUUGUGUGGUUAGGCAUUCCGGAGAAAAUUAACAUCGAGGAGUUCGUUUUAUUUGGUGAUUUACAAGAAAAGGUGAAGAAUAUCAAGCGAAGAACUAUGAUCAAUUUUGUUUGGUUUGCAACCAUUUGGUGUCUUUGGAUUAUGAGAAAUGCCAUAAUCUUCAAGGGGGAGGUGUUUUGUUUCGAUGACAUUUGCUCUAAUAUUGUUUUUCUUUCUUGGAGAUGGUUGUAUGUUGGAUAUACUGAGUUUAGACGAAGCUAUUACGAAUGGUUUAAACUUCCUUUAUCUGAUUCAAUUACUCUUUAG